CUUCCCGCCUCCUCUCUCUUCCUCGUCCUCGUCCUUCUCCGCCCCCCCUGCGCCGUGCGCCCUUUUGCCGACUUCGGUCUUGCGAGCUCCUUCGCUCGCAGAGGGCGCUCCGCCUCCCAUCCAGCGUCGAGCUCGUGGACUCCAGGGCUUCAGAAUGGUGGCACGCAGGGCGCGCGGGGGCCUGGUGCUCGGCGCGGCCGCAGCAGCGGCGUGGACCUGCGCCGACUGGGGCUUCACCGCGCCGCCCGCGGCCUCCCGCCGCGACGCGCUCGCCGCGGGCAUCGCCGGCGCCGUGGGGGCCGCAGUGGGGGCCCCUGCCGACGUGGAGGCAUAUGAGCUUCCACCGCUUGGUUAUGCCUACGACGCCCUGGAGCCGUCCAUUGACAAGGCGACCAUGGAGUUCCACCACGACAAGCACCACAACACCUACCUCGUGAACAUCAACAAGGCGCUCGAGGGCAAGGACCAGCCCCCCAUCCUCGAGCUCCAGAAGGGCGCGAUCAAGGCGGGGCCCGCGUUCAGGAACAGCGGGGGCGGCUACUACAACCACAACUUCUUCUGGCUGGAGAUGGCGCCGACGGGCACCGGUGGCAAGCCGUCGGCCAGCCUCGAGGGAGCCAUCAAUGAGGCCUUCGGGUCCAUGGACGAGUUCAAGGAC